AUGGCAACAGGCGGUACGGCGCCGCCCAUAACAAUGGCCAAUCACCCACACUCGCUCCUCGACCAGGACAGCACCGUGUCCAGCCCUCUCAGUGAGGUCGAAGACAAGGAUGCGGAGCCAGAUGACAUGGAUAUCGACAUGAAUAGCAAUCAUUCCGACGGUGACGAGGCUCCAAAUACCGAAAAUGGUCCCGCGCACAACCCCGCCGUCCAGCCACCACACGACUCCUCCGACUCCAACCUCUCAGAAAUCGAAACGAACGACUCCGAGGCCGAGACAGAGCGUCUCUACGACACUCCGCGCAAGAAUAACACACACCUGGCCGAUCCAAUUCCAAAUGCGAAAAUUGACAAAAGGCGAUCGCCUGAGAAACCUGCCCGCACAUUUCAAAGGAACUCAAGCAAGUUGCAGGCCAAGACACAGGGUGACGAGUCCGGAGGUGACGACAACGACGCUCUCUCGGACGACCGCCAUGAUGCCGACGACGAAGAUAAGGGCUCCACUGUCGACAGCGAAGUGGAUUCUGAAAAAGAGGAGGCAGUAACACGGGCAAAGGGCUCGCAAAACCAGCGUACCAGGUCGCAAGAGUCUCACAUCAUUGCAAGCUCUACGCUUGCUGGCAGUGGCAGUGACAAUUCCUUGGCAGACUCGAAGAAACGCAAAAGAUCGCCUGUGGCAUCACGGGCCGACUCCAAUCAGCCACUUCGGAAAAGGACUGCCUCAAUUCCAGAGCCAGGCGAUGAAUCGUCUUCCCUCUCAAAGAUCGAGUCAGAAGACGUUGCUUUAAGCAACAUCACGGGCAACAAAAGUGCUGAGCAUACUGCCGACGAGGACGAUGAUGAGACGGCUGCUAAGAACGCAGGAGACAUCGCAGACUCUGUGGAGAGGCCGACGAAUGAGAUUACAAAGCCAAAGAAGUCUAAGCGCAGCACGAAGAAGCGAAAAGCCUCGUCUGAGACAGCCGAGGAGACACACGAGGGAGAAGAGCCCACCGCAACACCGAUCCAGACUGUCGAGGAUGAGCAGGCCGAAGCGGGAAUUGACGAGGAGGCCGAAGCCGUGCAUAAAAACGAGGAAGAACUGGAGAAGAAACGCAGUGCAUUUGACCAGCUUUCCUCAAUUGAGAAGAACUUUGCUGUACUAAGGGAUCGACUGUACGAAGAACGCCUCGCGCAGCUCAACGAAGAAGAAGCGAUGCUGACAAGCGACAACCCGACGCACCCCGAAUAUCUGGCUAUGAUGCAUUGUAUCGAUAGCCGCCGAGAUGACAGGGUGAGAGUCGUUGAUCUCGAGUACAAAUUUAACAUGGAAGCUCUGGACCGUUGGGCUGUGGCUCGACGGGCACAAAUUCUCUCUCAAUUCUACCAAAGCGCACGCGAAUUGAGGGAAUUUUACGUAGAUGAGCUCGGCAGACAAUGGUACGAGAUUCAACACGAGCGCCGGCGAAACGCCAAUCCUAUACCAGACUAUGGUUUCCGAUUUCCCAAGACGAAGGCGGAACAGAAGAGGCACGCGAUCGCGCAAGGAAAGGAAACGUCAAUACUAGCUGGCAUCGCCCAGCACCACGGAUUCCCAGCGGCGCCAGAUAUGCGGGGUGCAUCGUCGACAGAGGUCGAAGAUGACUUUGAAGCAAUGGCUCGAGCGCGACAAGGGGCGCAUCCGAGCGCGUCGCAGCGCCUGCAGCCGGCUUUGCAUGAUUAUGCUGCCGCGGCUCAGUUUGGACAACAACUUGGGCCUGCGGGCCAAGAGUACAUCGAAAGCCACCCGUGGGCGAAUCCAAAACACCCUUCUCAUGGCGCGACCUCCAGGCGUCAGUCACACGGUGCUGCAUAUGCCGGUCCUCCCGCCUUGAUGGGCCACGGGAGGGCGUCGCAUCAACCUUCGGGUGGAAUGUGGUUCGCCAAUGGCCAGAUGAACGGCGAUACCAACCACCGACAUCUCACUGCCACAGCCGAUCCUGAGCCAACGCACCCCAGAAGAAUAGUCGAGACGGUCAAAUCCAAGCGCGAGGCGGUCGCAUGA